AUGCAGCCGCAACCUGUAGAUAGUGCACGUCAUGGGUAUGCCGAGCCCUUGCAGGGAUUCUGCGUUCUCAUCGAGGCACUCAAGGGGCCGACGCAGAGCCCCGUGAAGGAGGAGCGGAGGCGACGGCGAGACGUGGCAGGUUGGCAGAGCCGGGUGGGUCUGGUGCCGCUCGACGGGCAAGCCCGGGCGUUCUGUUUCUCCCACGGCUACUUGGGCCAGACAGGCGGUGGGACGACCUCCCCGAUGCACAAAGAUUCAAUGUCGACCUGCCCGCCGCUUCGUCGUGCCAGGGCCACGGCCAAGUCGCAGCUCGUUUUCAAUUCUGUCCUGGAGCUAUACAUGCUGUUUUGUCUUCGUGAUUUGCAGAUUGGAGGAGAGGAGCGGGAGGAAGAGGAGAGCUGGGGGAUCUGCACGGCACUGGUGUUCAUGUGUGACACAAGCAGCAGCUUGCCUUCCAUCUUGGCAGAGGGCGUCUGCGGCAUGUACAGCAAGAUAGGUGAGGGCAGAAUGUUGGUUGCCAUGCCAACAGGUUGGUUGCAGGGAUGGCUCCCCGACGUCAUCUCAUGUGGCUUCGCACUGGCUGCCGCGACUUGCAAUGAGGAGGAGGUGUCUUGCAUGAUUCAGAUGCCGACGAACCGCCACGAGUCUUUGCUGGAGACACUGCCUUACGAGACAACCAAAGCUGUCCCAGUGGGAUUCAACUUGGAGGAUGCCCACAUCUCCGACAAGGUCGUGCUUGUGGCAGGGCUUGUGAAGUCCCUAGACGCGGAGAAUGCCGAAAGCAUCAAGUCCGCCCUGAAGUUCUGUAGCUACUUCGACUCGGGCAAGUGUGGAUUCUCCGUGAUGGGCUCCGAGGUGGAACAAAACCAUCUUCGAGAGAUCUUAGACAUCGACAGCUCGUUCGACUUUGUCAGAGACCCCGGCGACGUGCCACACGAGGGCCCAAGGCCGUACAUGCUUGCGGGCUUCCGGAAUGCCCUUCUGGAUCACGUGCUUGAGAAGCAGUGGGACUACCUCGUCGUGGCCGACUUGGACAACACGGUGAAGUGGGACGACCAGACCUUCGGCGUGGUGCUGAAUGCUCUUGACAAAGAGGAUCAAUGGGACGCCGUGGCUUUCUCCAGCACCAACUAUUACGACUGGUGGGCAGCCCGCUGUGACAGCAGCUCGAAGAACUGCCUCUCUCACAAGGUUUGCCUCGACCGUAGAGAGUUCCCGUGCAUUAUGGAGACGCUGCAGGACAGUGACACGGACCACUUCCGCCCAGUCCGAUCUGCCUUCAAUGGCUUGGCAGUCUACAAAAGAGACGCUAUAGGAGAUUGCAAGUACGAUGCCAAGAACCGUGAUACCACCGCGCCAAGUCACAAGGACUGCGAGCACGUGGGCUUCCAUGAUUGCAUGACUGCGAACGGGGCACGGUUCAUGCUGAACUCGGGCAGACUCCACGGCUGGUGGUCCAACUUGGGCGAUGAGCCUGCAGAGGAGUCAAACGAUGAGGGCGAGUCCGAGGAUGCAACGUCCUAA